GGUCGACCACUUGUAUAUGCUUGGCUUCGGCCUUGCCACCCAAAUUGAGCAACUGGAUGAAGGCUUCGAAAUUCUGGAAAAUGGAUUUAAUUUUAUUCCCUUUACAGAUAUUCCUACACACGAUCCCACUUUCUUUUUGGAUGUUCUUGGGGAGGUUAUGACCCACACUAUUAACAUAGUUAAAGUCGAAAUCAGAACUGGCAAGGCAUCCAAGUGUGACAUAACAUUAGCCGAUGCAGACGGCACGCAAGUAACCUGUGUCUUAUGGGGAUCACUUGCCGAGGAAUUGAAAACAUUUAUGGAGAACAAAUCAGCAGAAGACAAAGAGCCUGUAAUGGUGGCAUUGCAAUUUGCAAAGAUAUCCACAUUCAGAGGCCAAAUCAAGGUUUCCUCGAUGAAGAAUCCGAGCAAUUUUUUUAUCUGUCCAGAUAUAAAAGAAGUGAAAGAUUUUAUACUAAGGCGUGGUGUUAGUAGAUCUUCUAGCUGUAAUGAUACCAUUACCGAUAUAUCUAUCGGUCAACAAGCACUGAAUAGGAAUGAAUGGUUGGAUGCUGCUCAUGCAAGAAGGUUAUGCGACUUGAUAAAAUCAGAAGAGUGUGGAACAUUUAACUGCAAAGGGACAAUAUUGAACUUUCACCCGCAAGAGUCGUGGUAUUAUGAAGCAUGUGGAAAUGAUAGAUGCUUGAAAGGGAUUGCCAGAUGAAGCACUAUCGGAGAUCAUUGCAAAAAGUGCAAACGUCCAAUUGGGUCAAUUAUUAUAAGGUACUUGAUGAAGGUACUUGUAGGCGAUGAAAUUGAUCAGACGUAUUUCACGAUUUUUGAGGAUUGUGCCCUAAAUCUUUUGAAAAGGACUGCUACCCAAGUCAUGGAGGAAAUGGUGCAACAGACCGGUGAUAGGAAUGGAACACCUGAAAUAUUGUCCACCAUGCUAACGAGAGAGUGCCUCUUUAAAAGAUUCAAUUGGUUUAAGAUUCGGUGAACGUGUCUAUACGGUGAAAAAUGUAACAGGAGAUG